GGUUGAAAUCUCCUUUUUCCCCUUUCUACGUCAGUUCAUUCACAGUCGCACUCCAUUCUUCAACUCUAUCGAUUUUAUCUUCGAUUCUAACACGAAAUUCCCUCUGGAAAUCGCGAGGAAUCAAUUCGUAAGAUUUCGAAACCCUAGAACAGUGUUCGUUCGUGUCUAGCCCUAAUUUCUCUUAUUUACUGCUCACAGAUCAUGAAUUUUUGAGAUUAUCGAGAAAUUUUUAGCCGAAUUGAACACAAUGUCGCGAGGAAGGGACAGAGGAGUGAUAAUCGAAGGUCUGAUCAUGCCGAUGAAGAUCCGUAAAAGAGGCUGUUCGUCAUCGUCGUCUUCUUCGUCGAGGAUUCGCAACCACAGGUUGAAUAAGCGUGCGGGGAAAACAACACGCCCGUGCCGACUUGGAGGUUCCAGAUCCAACACGCCCGUGCCGACUUGGAGAACCGUCCCUUUGAAGAGUGGUGUGGAGUCUCCGAAGUGUUCUCAGAGCGGGAGGUCCACUCAGCCCGUCUCCGCCCGGCGACUGGCGGCGAUUCUGUGGGGAAUGAACGGGAACGGGACGCCGUCGCCGGAAAGUCGAAAUCGGAAUUCGGACAAGAUGAAGAGUGGAAGUAAGAUGGUUUUUAAGAUGGAGAAAAUGCUGUCGCCUCGUCUCUCUGAUCCAUCACAUAGUCCAGCUCUUUCCGAGAUCGAUCGAUCCGGAAGUCGUCAAAGGACACCCUCGAUUUCUCGGAGGCUUAGGUCGGGAGAACAAAACGCUACGCUCUUCAAUUCUACAAGCGAUGCGAGCCUUAUAGAGACGGAGAUGCGAUCGCAUGCCCCGACUCCAAGAGGAUCGGAGACUGGCGGCAAGAAUCGACUUAACGAUUUAAGCAAUGCGAUUACUACUUCGAAAGAGCUCGUAAAAAUCAUCAACCGUCUUUGGGCUCGUAGUGAAUCGGAACAACCUUCGUCUAGCCUGUCGGUAAUCUCCGCACUCCACGCCGAGCUCGAACGGGCUCGACUUCAGGUCGAUCGUCUCGUCAAGGAGCAGUAUUCGGAUCAAAACGAGAUCACCUGUCUCGUAAAAUGUUUCGCCGAAGAAAAGGCGUCUUGGAAAGUUAAAGAACGAGCAGUCGAAGAAGCAAUUGAGGCCGUUCGCCGUGAGCUCGAGGUGGAGAGGAAAUUACGACGGCAAGUCGAGCGAUUGAACAAGAAACUCGGAGACGAGUUAUCGGACCUGAAGUCGUCUUUCGCUAAAGCUGUCGACGAUGUCGAGAGCGAGCGGAGGGCGCGGGAAAUUACCGAGCAGGUUUGCGGUGAAUUAGCCAAAAACAUCGCCGUCGAUAAGCCGGUGGUCGUCGACGUUUGUGAAGAGAAGAACUCGGCGAUUAAGAAGCUGCGGAAGCAACUCGAAAUCUUCCUCGGAACGAGACGAGACAAGGACGGAAGUCGAGCAGCGUCGGAACAAAUUGUCGAUGCUGAUGAUUCGGAAAAUAAAGAUGACUCGGGAGAAAGCGACGGCAUUCUGUCGAAAACACGAAAGAGUCACCGAUGGAGCUGGGUCUCCGGCAGCGGCGCGGAGUCGAGAAAACUUCAAGUCAACGAAAUCAAAGCUCGGAGUUCGAUUUCCGGUCAAGUUUCUCGAAGAAGCACGAGCGUAUUAGACGGAGUCGACUGCCGGUCGGGGGAUGGUUUCGACCGUGGAAGGUUACGAGGAAUCGAAGGUGUAAGAAGAAUGGGUUUGAGGGAUGAUUGCCGAGACUCCAGCGACAGCGCUUUGCCGGCGCCGCCACCGGAGCGGCGGAAGUGUAAGGAAGAUGGGGAUGAUUGCCGAGACUCCAGCGACAGCGCUUUGCCGGCGCCGCCACCGGAGCGGCGGAAGUGUAAGGAAGAUGAUGGGCAAAGAAGCCGGAGAUGGAAACGGUAAGAAUCUCUGGUGGUGUUUGGUGUGUAAAACGUAAAAUAACUUACCUUAAUAUUGUAAUGUAAUCAGCUAAUGUUAAUAUGUUAUGUUGAUCCUUCUUA